AUGAAUUCAACUAUUCUCAUUUUAUUAGUAUUCCUGGUCUCGUUAGUGAUGUCGCAGCAUAUUUUCGUGGAAGACAAUGAGUACUCGAUAGGCAUUCUGAACGUUUUAAAAAGAAUUCUUGAUGAUGCUGACGAUGGUAGCCACGAGUCUUCAGGCGACUUCGACCCAUUCAAAUAUCAAGAAGAGCAAGAGCAACUAGAGUAUCUCAAUUAUAAGUAA